AUGGCUACCCAAACUAAUAAAAACGUUUCGUGUUUCCGUGUAGCUUCUAAUGACGAUAAAUUUGUUUACGCUAGAACAUUAUGGCAAAUCAAUCCCUUAUUAGAUUUGACGGCUCCUGAUGAAAAAGUUAUUAAACCGAGUGGCAUUCCUGAUGUUUCGAAAUUCUGCGGAGCAACACAGGCGGCAUUAUCAGGACAAGAAGAGUAUGAAUCCUACAAAUUGUCGUGUCGGAUUUCGGUUUCAGAAAAGCAUGCCAGGACUAAAAGUGUGGCAAUUGAGACGCGUUUAUCUGAUCUAGAAACUAUUCGUGGUAGAAUGCAAGAAAGGAUUGAAAUUAUGGUUGCAGAAAAAGUUAAUCACGAAGCAAUCUUAAUGGAAAAGGUGAGAAAAAUCAUUCCUAGUCAACAAGUAGAUUCAGUGGUGCUUUCAGAUGGAGAAUUUACAGACGAACCAGAUCCCAAUUCCAACCUAAUUGACGAAGAAGCUGAAGUUGACCGUUUCAAAAAACCAAGGCUAGAUAAUAACGUAGAACAAAUGGAAAAUGAUGAAUCAGUUAAUAAUAAACAGCCAGACGAAUCUCUUUUGACUAAGACUUUUCGCGAUUUUGCUUAUUUAAAAUAA